AUUCGCAAUGUUGAAAACGAAAUAAAUGAGUUGAAAAAAUAAUAAAUAAAAUUUACUUAAUAUCAGUAAAAGCCAAUAGCGAUCCAAAGAUAUACCCAAAAGAUAACUGACUAAAAGUGGAAAACUUAAAUAAAUUAACAGAGUUUUAAUUGUGAAGUUUCGAUCGAAAAUUGACAGAGGAAAAAGCACACUGUUCGGAUGUGCGGAUUCGAUAUAUUUUUCAACAUUGUACUUUGUAGAGACUUCUUCAUUUUUCCACUCCGUGUUGAAGUACAAACUAAUUUUAUUGUUGUUUUUACGCUGCGUUGCUUGUAGCUUCUUUAUAAUUACAUAUAUGGAUAUGUAUAUGUGCAUAUGUUUUGAAGAAGAGGCUUCGUCAAUGUGGUUACUGUAGUGUCUUGCUGAUGUGUAGUGUUCUUCAAGUGUUAAUACUUACUUUAUUUAUUUAUUAUUUCUUUUUUAUAACCCAUCUAACUUAAUGUCUUAAGUAAUUACGGACGAAUGCAUGUUGCGUACGUGUGCGUUAAGGCAUUUAUGGUGUUUGGCUUAUUGGUGGACUGCGUUUGAAGGUGAUCGUGCAAGUAUACCCAUUAGCUGUUUGGAAACAUACGCUUAUGCUCACACAGCAGUCCUAAGGCCUAUGAUUAUACUACAGUUUGUAUGUACAUGUGCUUUUUAAACCCAACAUACAAUUUAGUUUGCUGCAAACUUAAAGUUAGUCCAGAAGCACAAAUUAGAACUCUAAACCGAAAGGCUUUCAUUGAUAAGCCUGCCAUCAAUUUUAUGACAGGUGCUUGAACCUAAUAUUAAUUAAGAUUGUUGGACUUAAACAACACAGAAAACGUUCGUACCUCAACUAAAAGUACUAAAGAGCGGAGCUCUAGAUUUUACAUUAUUCAUACUAACGGAUAUAUGAAUAUACGCAUUACAAACAUUCUCAUAAAAUAAGGUUUUUUAAUGGGAUAACCGCUAAACCAAAUUUUCAUCGCGAAUCGUCUUCUGGUUUGAGGUUUCUUGCAUAGUGAAGAAGUGUCAAAGCGCUAUGGUGUCAAAGCUGUAUAGGCUUACACGUAUUUUAAAAAUCGAAUAUCAAUCAAUUUAAUCCAUAUAAUUAUAUCAAGAAAUCGGCUUGCCAAUUUACAACCCAAGUCAUCUGAUUUGAUUUCGGAUAUACUUAUAAACCAGCCGUGUCCAACCACUUGGAAAGCAACACUCAGCACAUUAUUGCCUAGAGCCCGUUUAAACGCUAAAUUUACCGCGCGCGAAAUUUACAGCAGCAUAUUCGCACUCUCACGAUCACUUCACUUGCCGUUUUAGCAGUCACAGAUUAUACCCACUACAGACAGUGAAUUGAGUAAAAGCAAACACAACCGCUACUAGCAACUGAGUGCUUUUAACAGCAAGAAUUUCCCUGCAAAUUCAUCAUUCAAUUGCUGAACGUCUAAACAUAAAUUGAAAGUGAAAACUAUUGUGUGUAUUUGUAUUAUUUGUUGUUGUUCAACACCUUGCGUCCGGCUCCAGGUGCAUCUAUUCGAAUUAACUGGUGCAACUAUGAUGCUUUUAUCCGCUUUGAAGUUGGGUACGUUACUAGGUACAGGAAGCUCCCCUGCCCAGAACACCACUCGUAGUAGUAGUCCGAACAACUCCACCUCGACCAGUCAAUUUAAUCUGCAUCAGACCAGUUCCGGAAGUUUGGGGAGCUCGACACCUACAUCUGCACCGCUACAACCUUCGGUUACCACCUUUAAGCAAUCACCAAAUAUUUUGAAUAGCGGCGCUACAUCAUUGGACAACACAAUGCCGGGAGGUAUUCCAACGCCGGGUACUCCAAAUUCUAAGUCUAAGGAUAAUUCACAUUUCGUCAAAGUUGUGGUGGCUCUUUACCCGUUCAAAGCAAUUGAAGGUGGUGAUUUAUCGCUCGAAAAGAAUGCUGAAUAUGAAGUGAUUGAUGAUUCCCAAGAGCACUGGUGGAAAGUGAAGGACGCUUUGGGCAAUGUGGGCUAUAUACCAAGUAAUUACGUUAAGCCGAAAGCUUUACUAGGCUUGGAGCGUUAUGAAUGGUAUGUUGGCGAUAUGUCUCGCCAACGCGCUGAAUCUCUUUUGAAACAGGGUGACAAAGAAGGUUGUUUUGUGGUGCGAAAAUCAUCGACAAAAGGUUUAUACACGCUGUCUUUACAUACCAAAGUUCCACAAUCUCAUGUGAAGCAUUAUCACAUCAAGCAAAAUGCGAGGGGCGAGUACUAUUUGAGUGAGAAACAUUGCUGCGAGACCAUACCGGACCUAAUAAACUAUCAUCGACAUAACUCCGGGGGAUUAGCGUGCCGUUUAAAAUCAUCGCCUUGUGAUAGACCAGUUCCACCAACUGCUGGAUUGUCCCACGAUAAGUGGGAAAUUCACCCAAUGGAGUUAAUGCUCAUGGAAGAGCUUGGUUCGGGACAAUUCGGUGUGGUACGACGGGGAAAAUGGCGCGGAUCCAUUGACACUGCUGUUAAAAUGAUGAAGGAGGGCACAAUGUCCGAGGACGAUUUCAUUGAGGAAGCCAAAGUGAUGACCAAAUUGCAACAUCCUAAUCUUGUGCAAUUGUAUGGCGUUUGCUCGAAGCAUCGUCCUAUUUAUAUUGUUACCGAAUAUAUGAAACAUGGAUCAUUGUUGAACUACUUGCGCCGGCAUGAGACCACACUGAUUGGCAAUAUGGGUUUGUUGUUGGACAUGUGUAUACAGGUCAGCAAAGGCAUGGCUUACUUAGAACGCCACAACUACAUUCAUCGUGAUUUAGCCGCACGUAAUUGUCUCGUUGGCUCGGAAAAUGUAGUAAAAGUCGCAGAUUUCGGUUUGGCUCGUUAUGUUUUGGACGACCAAUACACAAGCUCAGGUGGCACUAAGUUUCCUAUUAAAUGGGCACCGCCGGAGGUGUUGAAUUAUACGCGUUUCUCUUCCAAAAGCGAUGUCUGGGCAUACGGAGUACUUAUGUGGGAAGUGUUCACCUGUGGCAAAAUGCCUUACGGCCGUCUUAAGAACACCGAAGUGGUGGAACGUGUCCAACGUGGUAUUAUAUUAGAAAAACCAAAGUCAUGUGCAAAGGAAAUAUACGAUGUUAUGAAGAAAUGCUGGUCUCACGGUCCGGAAGAGCGCCCCUCAUUCCGUAUUCUCAAGGAGCAACUAGCCCUCGUCGCUCAAACACUAACUGACUAAGCUUCAGCAGAGUUUACCGAUGCGACAUCAGUGAUUGUCGAAUUAUGUACUGAGUUAAUUUAUAUAGACAUUAGCUAAGUAAUCGAGGAGUGAAAUAUUAGGAAGGAAAAUAGAGUUUGCCAAAAGCUUAUUCUUUAGAAACAAGUAAAUGCUAAGUAAAAUAAUCAAACUGCUAAUAUGAAUUCAUAAUAUCAUCCAUCUCUUAAAGUAGUCAAUACUUUUGUGGAAACUAAACAAAAAUAUAUAAGUAGGAACAUAAAACAAGUCAAAUAAUUAAAAAAUAUGAAAAAACAAACAAUUUCAUAUUAAGAAUAGCGAUCUUCGCAAACGUGCGAUUUGCGAAAGUAUUCGAAAAGUUGUCAAGCUGACUUAAAUACAUACAUAAGUAUAUGAAUGCAUCCUAAAAUGUUUGUAAUUUUUUCAACUAGCCAGCCACGUUAAUUAAGAAAUGAACAAUUGAAAGAGAGAUUUUUGAACUAUUUUUAGUAAGAAAUAACGUUUAGUAUGCUUUUUUAUUGUGCUUUUUACUUUUAUAUACACAAAAAUGAACGUAUGCAUCAAAAACUAAAUUUAGAUAUAAAUAACAUAAUUCGAAUAUUGAAACUGAUUAAAUAUAAUGCCUAUGGAUAUCUUAAAUGUAAGUCAAGACGCCAUGUAUGAUGUGAGAAUAGAGUUCACGUUGAAGAAUUUAUGUAUUAUUUCAUAUUUUUCAGUAUAAAACUGCGGCAAGUUGAGAGUAAAAAUAUAAUUAAAAAACGCAUAUAUAAGUGCAUAGGAAUGAUUUCUUUUAUAAAAUAUAUAUGCCUAUCCAGGCAAACACUCACCGUUCUAAUAUCUGUUUUUGGUUUACAUAUUACCAUAUAUGUAUAUGUAUAUGCCUAUGUGGGUAAAAGAAGAACAUGAACGAACACAUUUAUUUUUAAGUCGCAUUGUGUGCGCAUAGUAAUUAUGAAUUAAUAUAAAUUCUUUUGUGAUUUACUUUUAAUAUUUGCAGAUGAAAGUGAAACUUGAAUGCACCUUAUGCGUAUAGCAACCGCCUGUAUUAUUCACUUACACAUAUACAUUUGUAUAUAUGUGUAUUUGAAAACAUUAUAUAUGUAUGUAUGGGUGUAUUUUGCGAUAUUUCAAGUUUUAUUUGAUAAAUAUUUGUAGAACUAUGAUUUACAUCACUAUUUUGAUGUACAAUUACAUAUCCGUUUAUUCAUAUACAUAUGUACAAACAUGCAUAUGUAUUUCUGUGUUAUGCAUUUGUACGACACGCAAUAUCCAAGCAUUGGUUUUUUUAUUAUUCGUAUUAUCAAUGUUUUAGUUGUAUUUAAAUUAUUUUGUAAGAUGUAAUAAGAAAAUAACGAAUAAAAACAUACAUACGCGUUUUUAUCAGCA